UUUCAGAUGAUCCACUGGGUUUUGUUUUUCAUUUCCAUCAAAUUUUGUGUGAUGGCAGAAAAGCAAGAUUUAUAGUAUUGAGUCUCCUUCUUACAAACUUCUUCAUUAGCUUAUACGUGUCUUUUUAUUAUUGGAAAGAAAAUGGAACGAUAGUGUUUUUAAAACGAUACUCAGUCAUUUAUUUUGUGUCGCCGUGGAUAUUUGCUGUGCUGACAAUAGAAACUUUCGUUAUAAAACCAGCUUUGGAGAAUUUUGAACUGGAAAAAUGUUGGGACAUCGAAACAGUUUCAAGUUCUAUGCUACCAAAACUUAAGGCAAAUAUCAGGAUCCAACGCAUUCAGUCUAUAUGGUAUAUGCUGCAAUCUGUGAGCAUUGCAGUUUUAUUUCCUCUAAUUGGACAAAUUUAUGGUCACGUGGUAUAUUCUGACAUCCAAUACCUAAUAGACAGUACUUCGGUAUCAAUAUCAACAUAUGUUAUCAUGAGCAUAGUUCUUCAUAUAAUUCAUCAGAUUGCAGGAUUUUACGGUAUAGCAGCGUAUAUUUUACUGAAAUAUGUUGUACAGACAGUUGUUAUUCAGCUCAAUAUUCUGGCCAAUUAUAUCCAACAAGUAAGUGGAUAUGAUGAUGACGAUCAUUUAUCAGUAAAAAAACAUCUCCGAAUUUGUGCUAUUCAUCAUACAUUACUUCUAAGAAUGUUCAAGAUUAUACAGGAGUUUACUUAUUCUCCGUUUUUAUUUAUGUUAUUUUUUGGUCAACUAGUGCUACUUUGUUGUAUAAUAUAUUUAUAUUACAAUCUGAAAGUACAUGAUAUAUUUCAAAUUGGUUCCAUAUUACUUUUGAGUUACGUAUUGGCUAUGGAUUGUUGUCAGGGUGGACAAGAUGCGACUGAUGCUUUUGACGAAUUCACACUUAAUAUUCUUAGACUUAAAUGGUACAAAUGGAAUGAAGUUAAUAAGAAGGUUCUACUCAUUAUGCUUUCUCGCACUCAAAGAGAAGAAAAGAUGGCUACUUUGGGUUUAUGCUUUGACAGAACACUAAUGGUGAAGAUUAUGAAAUUUUCGUAUCAAGCAAUGCUUAUAUUCUUCAAAUUGACUCAAGAUGAAUAACUCCUAGAGCUACAGAAUUGAUGCAUAUGAUAUCUACUAUGAUAUUUCCCUUGUAACCUCACUUAUUGCACACAUUAUUCGACGACAGAAUAGAUAGAAUAUAAAAAAAAGAUGAAAACAAAUUACUCAGCCCUUGAUAUUUUUGGGAACAAUAUAUUAUGGUGGAUUCACGAGGACCUAAGAAAGAUGUACACCUAUGUUCUAUUUUCAUCUUCUGGAUAUUGUAGUGAACAAAUCGAGUUGGAAUUCUUCGAGAAGUUAAAAUGAACACAAAAUAUAUCGAACAUCUUUAGUAAAAUGUAGAAUAUCUUCUGAAUAAAUUUAAG